UCAGUCUUGCUUUACACUGCUUAGUAAUACAUUUUUAUCGGGAUCUAUACUCACGCUCUAUACAUACGAAAUGCCGAAGACAACAAAGAGUUCUAACUUGCUCUCAAUGGAGCCGAGUACUUUGUCGGAAAACCUUGUAGAAGUCCAAUUUGAGAGCUUUGAAGAAAGCAGCGGGAGAGAGAGCCGAGUAAGCCUUACCACUAAUUUAACGCGCGUACAAAGCCUUGUUUUGGACUACAAACAAUUUAAGGCAGCUCGCACGAUUCAGCGCUAUUGUCGCGGUUGGCUAGCGCGUUGCCCUGAAAAAAUGGAGUUGUCGUCAAUUGUGAUUCAGAAAUGGUGGCGACGUUACGCGGCGCUGAGAAAUCUAAAAAAUGUGGCCGAAAGAGCCCUACAGUUGGCUAUUGUGACCCAUUACGAUAGGGCCGCCAAAAUUAUACAAUCAUACUACCGCGGCUGGUGGUCGCGAAAUCACGUCUUCGAUCUCACAAUGCUCAAAACCGUACAGACUAAUCUGGCUAAGGAGCUCGUUCACUCCCUGGUCAAGUACCUUCACUCGUCCAAGAAAAAUAACGAGCUGCCAGGUGUUUACACGAUUCGAGACUCGCAAAUGUGUUUGAAAACACUGGAUCAACUGAUGGCGACCUUCGGUUAUCGUUACUACAAUUCGCAAGCCUGCUACAGAAUGAACAAGUCCUUGGCGCAGGUGGAACAGGCUCGGAAGAUUUUCAAGGCGGCAUCAAUUUUCACCGAUAUACCAUACCCUGGCUUUAACGACCAGGGGUACUGCGAGAAUCGGAAUUUUUCCAUAAUGAAUCUGAGUGUAACUAAUCCGGAGCAUUUUGAAUUGAUUCACAAGUUCCUGGCAGGCCAACGAAAGAUAGAUAUGCCAGGAGCAGCUCAGCUCGAGCAGAAAGCUGCCCUCUUGGCCGAGGAAAACCGUAUUCAAAUUGAAAAAGAGAAGGACAACAAGAGAAAUAAUUUCCUCAAGCGUGUAUUUCAUGAAAUGAAGAACUGGCACCACCCAAAUGGAGAUCAGAUUUUGCCAAGCGCCAUAUUCAAGAAUACUGAGAUGCUAUAUAUCCUCUUUCACGCCAAAAAGUCGUUGGAAUUGAUUUUUGGCCCACUGGAGCCCUGCGUUUGCCCCACAAAAGAAGACCUCUCAUAUCUUGAAAAUCGUUAACGAAUUAUUGUAUAAUUUGUAUAUUUUCUAUGAACGAACUAUGAGUAUUCUUCAAUUAAUGAGCAACACAAAAUAUUUAAUUAAAUAGAGAGAAUGUUUAAAAAUGUAA